CAAUCCGCGGCCCAAGGGCGACAAAUGGGCUGUCAGGACUGCACAUAUCAGAGCGGGGAAAGCGUGGUUGCUCAGCUCCGCUAUAGAUUGAAAUGCAAUAAACAGGUUGGUCUGUUCGUUCCUUCCUAGCAUCACCAUCAGCCUUCUUCUGCUCCUGAUCGGCGUAUCCGGCCAAUCUCUAUUCACGUCCACUCUCUUUUGAUUGACACUUCCGCUUCGCGAUUGACAGCGUCAUUACCACUGUCUCUCCCCGUCGCCUUUGCUUUCUCAUUUGAUUCCUCGUCCUCUCGAGGCAUCAGUCUCUCCGUCUCGUGCGGAUCAGCUUCAUACCGUGCAGUCACGAGCAAAGUCAUGACUUGGUGAUCGCUUUGAAAGGUAGAUCUGCCGGAAAGAGCGAGCCUCUACUUACUGCAAAUCCCGUCGUAUCGGUACCAUGUCGACCGACUACUUCCAAUACGGAGCUUUGGCUUCACCAGCAAGGACUCCGGAACACACUCCACCGGAACUGUCGCUAUCGAAGCCUGCCUCACGAGGUCGCAAACAUCGUGAUUUCUCCACCAAAUCUGCUCCCCUACCGUCGUUUGACACUUCCGAAACCCACGAUGCCAACGCUCAUGCAUUCGACGCGAACCGUUUCACCCCCACUUUGCACGCCUCUCUUGUCUCUGAGAUUCUAUCAUUGCGACGAGAACUAGACUCUAAGCAUCAAUUCAUCGACAACCUAGAAGAGAGUCUCAAGACUGCCCAUACCGAGAACGAGAACCUGUCCGGCCAAGUUCGCGAAAGCACAAAGAAGACUAGACAGCUGGAACAAAAGUUCAAACUCCUCGAGAAUGGCACAUUCGACGCUGUCGAGGGUCUGCUUGGCGAGAGAGACAACGUCAAGGUUGCCAACCAAGAGCUACGGAACAAGUUAGAGACUGCCGGCAAAAGAGCAAAGAGCUUGGAAGAGGAGAACACCAAAACCAGAGAUGCGUGGGAGAAGGAAAGGAAUUCGUGGAAGAAUGAAAAACGACAACUCGAGCAAAGGGUCCAUAUUUCCGAGACACGUUUGCGGUCAGUGGUUGAAGAGGUGCGAACACAGCAUCUCGCGUCGCAGGUUCAGCAAAAAUCAGAGGACACGUCAGGCGACAGUGAUGUUGCCAGCAUUCGCUCAUACCGACGCUCAAGGCACGCCAGAAAUCAGAGCAGCAUGAGCACGAGGAGUCUAGCACCAUCAGUUGCCAGUGGCCGAAGGCCAGGCAUGACUUCCUUGGCUAAUGAGCUCAACUCGGACGACGAGGACUAUGAUACUGAGGAUCUUGAGGGCGAUGAUGAAGAUCUACCUUUGUUCGCCGAGAACCGCUCAAGCAUUAAUUCCAGAGCUUCGGCUAUCUCAGACCGUAAGGCCAAGAAGAUUUUGGGCCUGACCAUUAACAACAGUUCCGACCCCUCGACAGAAGCCGAUGGCUCACGAGCACCUUCAACUGAGUCGUUGAGAACGCCUUCGUUUGCAGAGCGUUUCGGUUUACAGAUGGCCAAGAUGAACUUCAGGUCUUCUGAUGCAAGUCGAGCGUCUUCGCGUUCGACCAGUCCGGCAAGACAGAAAGAUGAAUUUGCCAGUGAAUCAUCAAAGAUUUCGACAGGCGAUCAGAACACAGAAGCCGAAGCUGCUGCGGUACCCACUCAGCUGAAACCGGUAGCACAAGGCCUCCAGUCAAAAUUGCCAAAUUUGUUGACAUCAGAUCGUUUGGCCGAGGCUCCCAUAAGUCCUCCAGACACACCACAAUAUGUGGUACAUGAAGAUGCCAGAAACGAACCCUCCAAAAAGCCAGUAUACCAAUCGGCGUCGACACAAACCGAUCUUGCUGUCGCUGGCGACCUGGCAUCUAGACGAAGUACGAUUAUGGCACCAAUCGAAGUUCUUCCUAUCCCGGCCAUCACAAUCCAGCCUCCCAUGUCGCCUAGAGCUGGCGAGGGUGUUCUCCCUCCUGGUAUGCGUAGCAGUGCUGUUCAGACGGAAGCUGCUGUCACCACACCUAUGUUGGAUGCUGGAGUACAGACGGAAGAAAUCAGGAUUGAUCGAAGACCAAUCAAACUACCACCUCAUCUACUACCAAGCGCUUUGGAGAAUGGCAAUGACAGGAAAAGCGAAUCUGUCGCUGGUCAGGAAGUUCAGCCGGCUUCGAAGCACAGGUUGAUAAUGCAUCGGAGCACUUUUAGCAAAGAUGGCAACCGAUUGCCUCUGAAGCCUAUCGAUCUUCCACCGCCCAGACUCCGCUCCGUGUCGAUAGAGAACCAUCAACAGUCAGAAGCCGACUCGCUGCAAGAGACCCCUCCACAAUGGUAUGCAGACACAGACAUGAAUGACCGACUUGCAGAAUCAAGCGAUGAUAUGAAGGCGAUCUUUGGUAACAUGCCUGGUAUCGUUAGGCCGAGUGUACGCUCUCUGUUCAAUGGUCCUCCCAAGACAGUACCAGAGAACCGAGCAAUAUCACCAGCUAAUUUUGUCUUGAGCUCAGAGAGACAAUCUGCGUUCGCACAUGGCAAAAGGAUGGGAUCUGACGAUAGCUCCACCCAAAGUCGUCCAUCGAGCUCGAGAGGUACAGCUCACGCUGGAAGAGCUGGGCCUUUCUUCAAUUCCUAUGACCGCACAUCAAGCCGACCAAAUUCAGCCAGCAGUCAUGGUGUCCAGGCUCCGCCACCGCCGUUCCCGAUACCUGGUCGUAUGAGCUCACGGCCUCCUAGUAAUGAUGGACCUCGGAGCCCGACCGGUCGUGAUGCCUAUUCUAUGCGAUCGCGUCGGUCAAGCAAGGACUCUCGAAUUGCGCCAGAUGGUGGCCUUAGAAAGGUUCAGUCUUCUGGUACCAUGAGGUCGAAUGCUCGCAUGUCCCCAAGACGGAGAAGAAGAGCUCCACAUCUCGAACCUAUCCAAUCCAUGGCGUUUGAAACACCACCAAAGGACAACCUGCUUCUUCCCGGCAUAGUGACGCCGACUCGUGAAGACUUUGGCGUGCCAAAUGAAGCUCAAUACGUUUUGGACUCUCCAGACUUCGACCAAGAUAGUGCAGUGGAAGAAGAGGAAGAGAAGAGCCAGGACAAUGUCAUUGUCGACGCGAUAGCUGCCACCAUGGUAGGCGAGUGGAUGUGGAAGUACGUCCGCCGACGCAGAUCCUUUGGUUUGGGCGAAUCCCGUGCAGACCAAACUGAUGAAGGAGCGACGAGUGGUGUGAGACACAAGCGAUGGGUAUGGCUCUCGCCAUACGAACACACAGUGAUGUGGAGUUCGAAACAGCCAAAUUCAGGUCCGGCCUUACUCGGCAAAGCCGGCCGCAAACUGGUAAUCAAAUCAGUCCUCGAUGUCAAGGACACGACGCCGCUCCACAAGAGCGCGUCGCACGAGCCUAUAUUCGACAGGUCCAUAUUGAUCAUAACACCAGAGCGAGCGCUCAAGCUCACUGCUUCCAACCGUGAAAGACAUUACCUAUGGCUCACGGCGUUGUCGUUCCUUGCGCAGAGCGGCCGUGGUCCCCCACAAGUGCCGCGUAUAUCGCCAGCACCCGAGCCUGCUCAAGGGCAUGAUCAGAAACGACGAUCCUCAUUAAUGCCAGGGUACGUUCCGCCAGCAAAGCCAGCAUUUGGACCAGCGCCGCCAUCCGUUCGAGUUGAAGCACAUCAGCGAAUGGGCACUGCGGAUUCCACUGCUCCACCGAAUAUCUCGAGAUUCGCAGGUGGUCGCCAUCAGCGCAAGCGAAGCAGUACGAACCCUCAAUUUUCCGCCGCCAAUUCUUCCAAUGAAGGCUCCAUGACCGCCUCCUCGGCGUUUGCACGUAGAGCAUCAAACACAGCGACCUUACAACCUACUGUGAAUGCUCCAGCACGCCCAAGCCUCAGAUCCAGCGACCGUAAGAGUUCGAUCGGCACAGUGCGCAUGGAUGCCUUUAUCGGCCAUCAGGGAUACAGCGUAGAUCAAACGUCUCAAGCCAGACGCAGGGGCGAUGGCAGCACACAGGACAUGAUGGCAGGAAAGGGGUACAUGUUUGGCGAAAACCUGGAGGUCGACCCAUUCGAGGAAUUCUAGAGGAGUCCCAACGCACGAUGGUCGUGGUGUUAGUUUUCAGUAGUAUACAAAAAAAGCUUAAUGUGUAUAAUUAUAUGUCUAUUGAUCAGUUUUCCAGC